AUGGAACAGCCAUUGCAAAAGCCAGAUUUAAUCAGCUCAAUUACCCCGACAUCGAAAAAUUUCUCGCUAAUCGUGAUUGUAAUUGAGAGAGGGUCUAUACGAACGCGAGCGCAUGGAGAACAAGUACACACCUUGAAAGUGGCAGAUUCCUCGGGUAGCAUCAUGCUCGACAUUGCUACCGGUGAAUAUUUCAAUGUGAUCCGCGUCGGCGAUGUCCUUCGACUUCGAAAUUUGAGCACAAACGUCUUCAUGUUGCAACUGAAGGUGCAUUGCGGGAAACAGAGCGAGCUGGCGCGGAUCAGCUAUUUUCACAUGGACUUCAGCGAGCUGCCGAAUAUGAGCGAACCGAACCAAGCGCACGCCGCCUAUCAAAAGCCUCCUCGCGGUGACCCAGCGGCCCAGCAACAAUUGAGAGAUCCACGAAGACCAGGACCACCUAUGCAAGCGGCGGCCCAAUCGCGAUCAAACCCUGCUGCUGCACCACAAGCUCAGCGACAAGGCGUUAGAGAUCCCCGUGUUGCACGUGGUGUU